AUGUCAGAAGAAAAUAAAGAACUUUUCACCAAUGUGGGAGAACAAGUUGAAACUGUUGAACAGCCAUCGCAAGACGGUGUUAGACAAACAGGAGCAGCUGAUGCCGAAGGACACCCAGUUCAGGAAAUUGAAUCAUUGUGUAUGAAUUGUCACAAGAACGGGACUACUCGUUUGUUGUUGACCAGAAUUCCAUUUUUCAGAGAAAUCAUUAUUAUGUCGUUUGAGUGUCCACACUGUGGGUUGAAGAAUUCAGAAAUCCAGCCGGCAGCCCAGAUUUCUGAAAAGGGAUCUCGUUAUGUGUUGAAGUUAGAAAAUAAGAAGGAUUUUAACAGACAGGUUGUCAAGUCGGAAACAGCUACCUGCAAAUUCAAUGAGUUGGAUAUCGAAAUUCCACCUAAGAGAGGCCAAUUAUCCAAUGUUGAAGGGUUAUUAAACGAGAUGGUGGACGAUUUAGAAUCGGACCAGGAAGCCAGAAAAGAGCUUCAACCGGAAGUUUACGAGAAAAUCAAUGAAGUUAUUUCUAAAAUUAAAUCCUUCGUCAAUGCAGAACCAAAUACUUUGCCAUUGACUGUUUCUGUCGACGAUCCAGCCGGUAACUCGUGGAUCGAAUAUCUUCCGGAUGAGCCAUCUCACAAGUGGUCGAUGUAUGAAUACAACAGAACUGCUGAGCAAAAUGUCUUUUUAGGUUUAGUUUCGGCCGAUGAGGUAGCUCAGCACCGUAGAGUGGAAUCGGAAAACAAAAAGGCUGCAACUGCCAGCAACGUUUCGUCAUCUUUGGCCUCUAAUCCUAAGGCGUCUGGCUUUAUUUCUGAUACCAGUGAAAUUGAAAAUAUGGAUAAUGAGGUGCAGACAUUCCAUGCCACUUGCUCUUCAUGUCUUAAAUCUUGUGAAACCCAUAUGAAGACUGUCAAUAUUCCUCAUUUUAAAGACGUCAUCAUCAUGUCUACCGCUUGUGAUAACUGUGGUUAUAAGUCUAACGAAGUCAAGACUGGAGGAGAAGUUCCUGAAAAAGGUAGAAGAGUUACGUUAAAGGUAAACGAUCCGGAAGAUUUGGCCAGAGAUAUUUUGAAGGGUGAAUCAUGUGGCUUAAACAUUCCUGAAUUAAAUCUUGAUUUAACUCCUGGUACAUUAGGCGGUAGAUUUACUACUAUAGAGGGUUUGUUGACACAAGUUUACGAAGAAUUACAUUCCAGAGUGUUUUCUCAAACAUCCGACUCUAUGGAUAAUUCCACGAAAACGAGAUGGACAACCUUCUUUGCUAGAUUACAAGAUGCUAUUGAAGGUAAAAUUGGAUUUACCGUUGUGAUGGAAGACCCUAUGGCUUCUUCAUAUAUUCAAAAUGUUUACGCGCCUGACAAUGAUCCUAAUAUGAUUAUUGAAGACUUUGAAAGAACUCAUGAAAUGAAUGAAGAUUUGGGUUUGAAUGAUAUGAAAACAGAUUAA